AUGUUAGAAUUAAAACACGCCCCUCCCAUUUUUCUUUCACCACCAUGUUUGAUCAGACUGACACACCUCCACAGACAAGUGAAUCAUUUUCCUCUAAACGGUUAUGAGCUGCUGCCUCCUUCUCAAAUUGCAGCUGGCCUUACCUGCUGCGGCAUGAAAUUUACUCGCACACAUUUCCUGGGGAAGCUGAUGUUGGUGCUUUGGCCUCUCGUCUUCAUGAGUACAAUCCUGGGUUUUGAUUUUUGGGGAAAUUUUCCCAAGCAGCAUCCCUCUGAUCUGCAGAUCCCAAAGCAGCUUUCCGUAGACCUGCCUGGCUGUUUAGCUGUCUUCAGUGGAAAUACUGAGGACAAAAAAAUAGAGUUGGAAGCCCUUUUGUCAUCUAGGAGAAGGCGGAGUGUUGUUACGGAGGACUUCUACAUGAACGCCACUAAGGAUUGUUCAUCCUACAUCAAGAAACAAGGAUUCAUCUCUGUGCCUCUUAGUGAAGAGGAAAAGAGUUUUCCUAUUGCAUUCUCCGUGGUGAUCCAUGAGAAGAUCGAGAUAUUUGAACGACUCCUCCGUGCCAUUUACGCUCCUCAGAACAUCUACUGCGUCCAUGUGGACCAGAAACCCAUGUUCUCAGGAAAUGCCUACAUUGUGGUUACAAGAGCCUUUGUCAAACAUGUGAUGGAGGACAAAGUUGUGCAGACCUUUUUAGAGUAGGAGAAAGACACACACAGACCCGAUGAGCACUUGUGGGCCACUCUACAGAGGAUGCCCUCUGUUCCUGGAUCAGUGCCUGCCAACAUCAGGUACGACAUGUCAGACAUGAAUGCCCUCGCACGUGUUGUGAAGUGGGCCUACUCAGCAGGAGAUGUAAAUAAAGGAGCCCCCUACUACUCGUGCACAGGGGAGUGCAGAGGAGCAGUCUGUGUGUACGGAGCUGGUGACAUCUCCUGGCUCCUGACACAAGUGCACCUCUUGUUUCACCCUGCAGUCGAUGACAUCGCCAUUCGAUGUUUGGAGUCGGUUCUACGUUUCAAAGCUUUGGGUCGUCAUUGCCCCCAAACAAGACAGGAAAAUUCAAACCUUUUUUAA